AUGGCUUCCGCCACGCGCUUCCCGGUUCUUGCCAGUGUUUGGCUGGCUCUCUACGUGGGUGCCGUCGGUUCAUGCACGGUAUCCGUCAUUGCCUCUACGUACAUGGGCGCCUUUGCGGCGCAGAAGGAAGAUGGUGAAGUGAUCACAUGGGGACACAGCACCUAUGGCGGCGACUCAAGCGGAGUUGCUUCAAAUCUUUCGCGUGGAGUUGUGCACAUCGCUGCAGGCGCCGAGGCCUUUGCGGCGAAGAUGAUGGAUGGCAGUGUGAUCACCUGGGGGAACAGUGGUAGGGGCGGUGACUCCAGUGCGGUUGCAAGCUUCCUGUCAUCCGGAGUUGACAAAGUCUUUGGAACCAGGUGGUCUAUGGCAGCGCUCAAGAUCGAUGGCAGUGUUGUCGGCUGGGGCAUCUUCCAAGACUACGAGGAUGUGAGAAGCAACCUGACGUCCGGAGUCGUCUCCCUCAUCCCCUCCGGCAAUGGAUUCGCAGCACUGAAGGCCGACGGGAGCGUGGUUACAUGGGGUCUUCGACCCCAUGCACCACUCAGUGCGGUCACGUCCGGGGUGGUCAGCGUUCAUGCCUUCCACAACUUACACAACUUACGCAACGCGUGGUGGGCCGUGAAGGAUGACGGCAGUGUGUUCACAUGGGGGCAAGGUUGCGUUUCCCAAAAUUAUGUGGUGGAUCUGUCCGGAACGGAGGCUUGUCACAUGCUGACUGUCAGUCUAUGCGCCUGCAAGAAGCAGGACGGGAGUGUCGUGAGUUUUGGGAUAGAGCAAGACAUACCAUCCCCGACCGCAGACCUUGCAGCUGGAGUAGACUACGUGGUUGCUAGCCUGACGGGGUUUGCAGCGAGAAUGCUGAAUGGUAGUGUAAUAACCUGGGGAAGGAACAGUGAGGCAGAUUCCAGCGCUGUGUCAGGCGACCUGUCCUCAGGAGUUGUGGCAGUCUACGCGUCCGCUGGUGCUUUCGCAGCACUCAAAGCAGAUGGUUCAGUCAGAACAUGGGGCAAGACUACUCACGGCGGCGACUCCAGUGCAGUUGCCAGUCAGCUUUCGUCCGGUGUGAUACGGAUCAGGGCUGCCGGCGAAGCCUUCGCUGCUCUCAAGGACGAUGGAAGCGUCGUUACUUGGGGAGACAGCCAAGAUGGCGGUGAUUCGAGCGAGGUAGCAGCAGAUCUAGCCUCAGGCGUGGACUUUAUGGCUGUCACGGCACAUGCCUUUGCAGCUCGAAAGGUGGACAGUAGCGUGGUCACGUGGGGAAGGUCUGACAGGGGUGGCAACUCGAGUGCCGUGGCACAUCGCAUCUCGUCUGGAGUGCCGGAGGAUCCAUGCUUCACGGUCACCACGACGAGUUUGACAAUGUCAAGUAGCACGAGGACCACAUCCACAGGGACCACAUCCACGAAGACCGCGAGCACAGCAACCAGCAGCACGGCUAGCACAAGAACCACUACCAGCAGCAGCACCUGGACCACAUCGGGCACGAGCUCCUCUGUGACCAGCACCUCUACCAGCACCGUGAGCACCUUCCCGGACCUCGUCGGCGCCCACGUGGAUAUCACAGAAGACGACGAUGGAACCGAAAUAAGCAUCGAAGCCGUGGCCGGCAUAGCGGGCGCUGUGGCCGCUUUCAUGGUAAUGGUGGUAUUUGGUUUCUGGUACGCUCGUUGCGGCGGAUCAGGGAUCUCUUUCUACAAGUGCCUGACCUGCUUCCUGGGUGCUCAAACCGGAGGAGCGACUGCGACGGCAAGCGUGUAG